GACGCGGCGUUAAUAGGAGAGGGACGCGGCCAAUCAGCGCGGCUCUUGAUAAAAACGCGUCGCCAUGGUGACGGCGACAGCGUUGCCGUCAGCCGCUGCGAGUUCACGAGACCUGCACCAUCAUCUAUCUGUAACCAUGAAGAAGUUGCCACCAAGUCUGAGCAAGGACUCCAGAGGGAAACAAUCUGGCUCUACGUUCGUCGGGAUGAGCCAGCGCAGGGGAGUGAUACUGGGAGCGCAGGGCGCCUCUUCGCUGGCCGUCGUCCCCCGCGUGGGCACGCGCAGCGCCACGACGCGCAGCAUCCUCACGUCGUCGAGCCGGCGCAGCUUGGGAGCAGGACCCGCGGAGGGCAGAGCGGGGGGAGCCGCGCUGGGAGGACUCCGGCCCUCCAUGCUGGUGCUGGAUGAGAACGGGUGCGACGUGACCCCACGGCCUCUCUUCACCCCAGAGCAGGGCAAGGCGAGCCGUGGAGCCGGCGUAGGGGACGCAGCGGGGGGCCCCUCUGGCGGGGGGGGGGGCUCCGCCACGGACAUGCUCUCCUCCUACUCCUUCUACCAGACCGCCGUGCACACCGCCAGCAUGGCCGGCCAGUUCACCAGAUCCACUUUUGGCAGCAGCCUCUCGGUGUCUGCCCACUCCAGUCUGGAUUCCCUGACAGAUGAGAUCGCAGAGCCAAGCGUCCAGAAUGACUACAGCAGCUUAGCAGAGGUGCAGAAUCGGGAAGAAGAUGGCCCACAGGUGCUGGGAGAGGCAGAGCUGAACCGCACCGUCACCCUGUGGCUGUCUGAAACCUCCACGAUGGAGAUCAUGGACAUGACCUCAGUGUCUGUGUCCACACAAGACAGCCAGGCAGAGGCUAUCAGGCAACGUAACCAGACGUACAAGCAGCUGUGCUCGAGCCGCGUGGGAAACGAGCGCUACAUGGAGCGCGGCGCGCAGACACUCAACCUGCAGCGGAAGAGCAAGGAAGUGCAGUGUGACAGGAUCGUGACCGCCGAUGCAGGUAUUUUUGCCAGCACGUGGGACAUGCAUGACACGUUAAGCGAAUUGGAGGCCUCCAAAACAGCAACCGGUAAAGCAGAGAGCGCAGGCCAGCCCGUCUCGUCAACAAGUCUCACAGCAAGCCAGCGCUUCGCACCAGGCACCGCGAUUACUGCAAGCUCCAUGGGCACAGACAGCAAGCGCAGCCUCUCUUCCAGCACUGCCCAGGGCUCCGAGAUUGCCCCGGGCUUGGUGCCGCUCCUGGCCGAGCCGAGCAGUGCUCCUCCGUCGGACGCCGUCCUGGGCUCCCCGUCUUUCCAACGGGACCUGGCCACCAUGGAGCGCGUGCUCGUCGCAAACCUCUAUCAGCCCCAGAUGGCUGCCUAUCGCCAGCUGCCUGUGCUGCCAGAUCCUGAUGGGGUUACGGAAGACGAAGAGGGAGCUCCAGAGGAAGCGAAGGCAAUUGAGGGGCAAGAGAGGAGGCCCCGGGGAAACGUGGGGAUGGAGGUCGGCCCGAAGACGCUGCACGGAAGCAGCGCGCAGAUUCCCGCGGUGGUGCAUGGGGGGGGCCCCUUCCUGCAGCGACUCUGGGCCUUCUCAUGCGGCUUGACCAAGGGCCGAAACGUCAGCUGCCUGGCCUGGAACCGGCUCAACCCGGACCUGCUGGCCGUGGGCUAUGGGGAGUUUGGGAUCCGAGACCAGAAGGAGGGGCUGGCCUGUGGCUGGUCACUCAAGAAUCCCACGUGGCCGGACAGAGUGUUUCACAUGGAGUCGGGAGUGACCUGCAUCGAUUUCUCCGCGGCAAACGCAAACCUGCUGGCAGUGGGGACGCUGGAUGGAACAGUCGCCGUUCACAACACCCGGGGAGGGGCUGAGGACGUCCCCUCUCUCACCAGCAGCGAGUCGGGCAAACACAUGGGUGCAGUGUGGCAGGUGCAGUGGGUGAGGUUCGAGCAGGGAGGAGGUGGGGAGGACCGUGGGGAGACCCUCACAUCCAUCUCAGCUGACGGUCGUGUCACCCGCUGGGCCGUCCGCAAAGGCCUUGACUGCCAGGAUCUGAUGAGGCUGAAGCGGACUGGGGAAGGCCGUACUCGACGAACUGCGGGCGUUGAGGGGCAGAGGGAACGUAAGAAUGAGGCGCUCAUUUGGAGACUGGCUUGUGGAACCUGCGUCGACUUCCAUCCUCAGGACAGCAACAUGUACCUGGCUGGCACGGAGGAGGGCUUCAUCCACAGGUGCUCGUGCUCCUACAGCGAGCAGCACCUGCACAGCUACUCCGCUCACCAGGGCCCAGUCUACCGCGUGCUGUGGUCUCCCUUCGAGCCGGAAGUCUUCCUGAGCUGCUCCUCCGAUUGGAGCGUGCGGCUGUGGAGGGUGGACCUGACGGCUCCCGUGCUCACCCUGCAGUGUGGCAGUCAGGCCGUGCUGGACGUCGCCUGGUCCCCUCAUAGCCCCACACUCCUCGCUGCGCUCACCGCAGAGGCUCUGCAUGUGUGGGACCUGUCCAGCAGCACGCUGGACCCCGUGCUGGUGAGCCCAGGUCGGCGUGGGGUGCACACGACGCGCGUGGCGUUCUCCCGCGCGCCCGGCCACUGCCUGCUGGUUGGGGACAGCGACGGGCAUGUGACGCUCUAUCAGCUCAAGGGGCUGCUGCAAACCAAGAAGGUGGGACUGUCGGAUGUCAUCAGUACCAUAUUGACCUCCCAGAGCGAGCAAACAGCAGCGAUGGGGGAAAUGUCUUGAACCAACGGGACUGCAUCGUACCUCGUGGCGUUAUGCCCUGUGGCAGCUUGUCAUUCCACUUUGGCUGGGGCCUAGACGUUUGACUCAACAUUGACAGAAAUUAUUUACAAUGCAUAUUGUCUUCUGAAAAAAAUAUGAACGUGUUGUGUUUGAAUCCUAGAGUCAGAGUCUAUGCCACACGUGCCAUGUCAAGUCACCUAUUUACAACUUUUACUCAGCCUACUUUGUCAAAUCCCGUCCAUGUUGACUUUACUGGACUUCACCCAAGCUCGACUGCCAAAGUCUACAUCCCACCUGACGCAGCCAGAUCCAUGAGAAACACCCUCAGGACGUAACUGGAAGCCAUAACUGGCCCUGUGCGCGUGUUGGACAAUGUUCCUUUAUCUCGUCUGGUUGUGAAAGCGUGCCCAUGUCCCCGUCGCCAACAGCGGGGGGGCAAUGGCCAAGAGGUGCCAAGUUCCCACCACCGUCUCAACAACAACAAGAAGUGCAUCUCACCCGUCGGGUUUGACGCUGCCACCUGAGAGUAGCAACUGGAGAUCGAGUUUCAUCAUCUCACUCGGUACAAAACCAAACAUGCGCUCAUCCUCAUCUCUGCAUGCAUCAUUUCUUGAAUGCAUCAUUUCUUGAAUGCAUCAUUGCUGCUGCUUGAAAUAGAAUGGGCUAAUGGAGGUUAAAGGGAGGCAGAGUGUGGAACGAGUCGUAAGGGGAAUGACGGGAAAAGUGGCACGCUUGGGUUUCCUGUUCACUUUUUUUCUGAAAUAAAGUGGUUGAAAUUAAAAAAAUGGCUUGAAAAUUGACUACACAGGUA